AAAGGGGAAAAGCGCAUACGAAUUUGCAUCCAUGUACAGUGGGCAAUGGUAUGCAUGUACAUCUAUCCGCUGAAAUUUGAAAUCACACCGUUGCGAGCGGACGACGCUGCUCAGAUCUGAAUUCGGAAGAAAGUAAAUACAUUCUUCGCAAGGAUAAUAACGUUCAGGGACUAAAUAUCAGAGAAAUGGCAGACGGAGCGUCAAGUUUUUGGGGGCCCGUCACAUCCACACACGAGUGGUGUGAGCCAAAUUACGUCUACUCUUCCUAUAUUGCCGAAUUUUUCAAUACCAUCUCUAUCGUUCCGAGCAUCCUUUUAGCACUCGUUGGUCUUCUGAAUUCGUUAAGGCAGCGGUUUGAGAAAAGGUUUAGUGUCCUUCACAUAUCAAAUAUGAUACUUGCCAUUGGCAGCAUACUGUAUCACGCCACAUUGCAGCGGCUGCAACAACAAGGCGAUGAAACACCUAUGGUGUGGGAAAUGCUCCUAUACAUCUACAUCCUCUACUCGCCAGAUUGGCACUACCGUAGCACGAUGCCCACUUUUCUAUUCCUCUACGGUGCAGCAUUUGCCAUUGCGCAUUCACAGCUUCGCUUCGACAUCGGUUUCAAAGUGCACUACGUGCUGCUUUGCCUUCUCUGCAUUCCAAGAAUGUACAAGUAUUAUAUUCUCACCGAAGAAAAAUCGGCUAAAAGGCUAGCUAAACUGUACGUGGUCACUCUUUCGUUGGGCAGUCUUUGCUGGCUAGUUGACCGUCAAUUCUGUAAGGACAUUUCUCGAUGGUAUUUCAAUCCACAGGGGCAUGCGUUGUGGCACAUUUCUAUGGGUUUCAAUUCUUACUUUGCCAAUACUUUCUUGAUGUACUGCCGUGCUGAACAAAAACGGUGGGACCCGAAAGUCGAACACUUUUUAGGGUUUUUUCCGUAUGUGAAGAUUCAGAAACCGAAAGCGCAGUAGAAGAAGAUUACUGCUUUAAUAGGGUUUUCAGCAUUACCCGUGAAAGCGAGUGCACAUUUUUGUGUUUGUUCGUUGGUUGGUUGGCAAAUCGUUAGUAACGGUUUUCAGGGUUUUUUUUACUUGUCUCUCCCAAAUGAGGAAAUGCGAUGUAAAUUGGUGACCGGGAGUGGGAGUUAUUUUCUUUUUAUGUUUUUUUGGGUUGGUGAUUUUAAGUUCGACUGUAAAAGUAGCGUUUCUUAUGGUGAUGUACUACGAUUCCGAAUGUUAGACGAAUUAGGUAUUAUAGUCAAUUGAAUUAAUAAUCUUCGAUUAUGGUUUACGAACUUGGUAUCUUCUUUUAGCCGUUGCGAAAUGAUAUGGAAUCAUGUACGUUUUGAAGUUU